AUGGAGUCCAUAGUCCCCGGUGGCAUCACCGACACCCUUCCUCAUGUUGAGUAUAUACCCAUCGACGAGGUGGAGAAACUCGAGCGAUACCGUCCGGGAGGGUACCAUCCAAUAUCCAUCGGAGCGUGGCUGAAUGACCAAUACCGCAUCAUACAUAAGCUUGGCUUCGGCGCAUACUCAACCGUAUGGUUGGCAAGAGACCAGGAAGCCGAGAAAUAUGUUGCCAUCAAGAUCACCGUCGCAGCAGGUGAUCCAGUGGACUCGCAAGAAAGCAACAUCCUCCGUCGACUAGGCGUCGCAGGGGCCGCAAACAUCCCUCGCAUAUUGGAUGAGUUCUCCAUUUCCGGACCCAAUGGAGUCCAUCGGUGUUUCGUCACAGCACCUGGAAUGAUGAGCCUAGCCGAAGCCAAAGAUGCCUCAUCUGUUCGGCUCUUCCAGCUGCCUGUAGCCAGAGCCAUCGCUGCCCAACUCGUCCAAGCGGUGGCGUUUCUGCACUCGCAAGGUAUUGUCCAUGCGGAUCUUCAUGCUGGUAACGUCUUGGUCCGUCUUCCCGAGAGCAUGGACGCGCUCUCACCAGAGCAAUUAUCAGCGCCCACUCCCUGGUGGUGUCCCCGCCAUGUUGUUGUGCCGAUCUGGCUAGGGAAAGCGAGCGAGUGUAUUUCUCUGUCAGAAGCUCAAAUAAUCGUCACUGACUAUGGAGGGUCCUUUAUGCCGGCUACUACAAUGCGGCAUUACUCUAAUACUCCGGACCUUUUGGUGCCUCCGGAGGUUCACUUUGAACCUCAAGAAUCGCUUUUGUUUCCUGCUGAUAUAUGGACGCUUGCGUGUACUAUCUGGGAGAUUAUAGGCCAGCGGCCGCUGUUUGAGGGGUUUAAUCCCUCCGCCGACUGGGUGAUUAGAGAACAUGUUGAUGCCCUGGGCAAGCUGCCUCUGCAGUGGUGGUUGAAAUGGGAUUCCCGUAUGAGAUGGUUCAACGAGGAUGGGACCAGACACAGCGGUGCAAAUCCAAGGCACUGGGAGCAACGAUUCAACGAUUCAGUGCAGGAGCCAAGGCAAGAGUUCAAGAUGACAGAGGUGGGAGAGGUGGAGAAAGUCGCCUUGUUCGCCAUGUUGAGGGCUAUGCUUGCAUUUCUGCCCGAGAAGAGGCCAACUGCGGCCGAGGUUAUGGAAUGUGAAUGGAUGCAGAAAUGGGCUCUUCCUGAGCUUGCCAAAGUGCAAACGAAUCGAUAG